AGACACAUCGUGUGAUAAUGAGGACCAAUAACAGUGUAGUCGAACACGUCCAUCAGGUGAUAACGGAUUUCACCUGGAAUCGAACCCUGCACCAGACUUUGUCGACGUUCAUUGCAAUAGUGGGGACGAUUCUAAAUCUACUGGCUAUAUUUGUGUUGAUCAAGGGAAGGCUUCACAGACAAAGUCCAUUCAAAUUCGUGCUGAACUUGUUUGUCAGUAACCUGUUAAUGUGUUCAGUGUGUUUACCUAUAAUUUCCUCAUACUCGUUUUCAGUAAAUUUGGAAAACAAUGGAGCCUGCGCGUUCUACGGGUACGUUAUCUACAGUAUACUAGGAACAGCUGUUCUCAACAUAGUACUCAUCUCACUGAACCGAUACUUCUUAAUUGUGAGGUUCACGCUGUAUCGAAAAAUUUACACUGCUAGGAACAUGAGGAUAAUGCUGGCUGUCGUCUGGACAUUCUAUCCUGUUCUGUUCCUGUUUCCACUGACGGGGAUCUGGGGAAAGUUUUCAUACGACAGAUUUAGAUUUAUAUGUCAUCCCGUACAUUCCAUUGACGGCUUCCGAGAAUUUGCAUUCAUCAUUACAUUGCUUCUAACAGUCCCGUCUAUUUUAUUCUGCUACAUCGAAAUUCUCAAAAAAGUCAACUCGACUUUUCGACGAGUGCGUACUUUACAAAGAGCACAGGCUCGCAGGUUAAGGAACGAAAGACAAUUGGUGCGAACUAUUUUGGUAACCAUUCUGUUGUUCUCUUGCAUGAAUCUCCCUUUUAUUGUGCUAUCUAUUGCAGACCCUAACAUGGACAAGGUGAGCCUAGCGGUCCACGGCUUUGUGAUCUAUCUUGGAUGGUCUAAUGCUGUAAUCAACCCAAUGAUCUACUCCAUACUGAACAAUCAAAUUAAAUCUUCCCUACUAGACAUUAUAGCAAAAAUCUUGAAGAGAAAUUCUCGCAGGGUUUUCCCAUCGGAUAUGCCAAAACUUGAAAUAAGGGUAAUUUCUUUACCACUUCAAGAAUCGAACGUCUUUGUGGAAGUGAGGGAAAUUAGGUAUCCUAGUUGA